AUGUUCGGCUCGAUGUCUCACCGCCAAUCAUGCGAGCGCUGCCGGCAGCAGAAAGUCCGGUGUCUUCGAGACGCCACCUCUCAGAAGCCAUCACCAGGCCAGCCUCUGCCGAAAUGCUCCAAAUGUGCAAAGGCAGACACUCAUUCGAAGAGUGAAGGUGGUCCAUUUGUGCUAUCUGCAAACUCAGCGCAGUCCUUGGCUUCGAGGGCGUCGCAACUCUGCCAUUACUUGGAAAGCAACCCUGAGACGGAUCUGUGGCGUCUGUCAUAUACCCUCUUCCAUCGUGCCAACUUCAGCUUCCGCGCAGCCUUCUCGGCGACAAGUGCACAGCAGCUCACCGAAAAGCUCAAGGCAGCGGUUCUAAACAAGACCUCUCGCACCACCAGCAUCCCGGAGAAUAUGCCCCCACGCAUCCUUGGUGUCUUCACAGGUCAAGGUGCUCAGUGGGCUACCAUGGGUGCAAAACUUUAUGAAUCGUCAACUGUUUUCCGCAGCGCUUUCUCGCGUAUGCAGGACAGUCUUGACGAACUGUCUGUCAAAGACGGACGUCCAUCGUGGUCUCUCAUUGAAGAACUCCGUGCCCUUCCUGCGACGUCACACAUAGGUGAAGCAGCUGUAUCACAGCCGAUAUGUACAGCUGUUCAAGUGGCCCUUGUCGACAUGCUGUCUCCGGCUGGGGUACAGUUCUUGGGCGUUAUGGGCCAUUCAUCCGGUGAAAUUGCUGCUGCAUAUACGGCUGGUUACCUCAAUACGCACGACGCUAUUCGCAUUGCCUACUUCCGCAGCCUCCACUCGAAGAGGGCUCAAGGACCUGACGGAUGCAGCGGCAAGAUGAUGGCCGUGGGCAUGUCUAAUGACCAAGCUGCUGGCUUCUGCGCGGAGUCGAGAGGAACGAUAAAAAUUGCUUCCAGUAACUCGGCUCGCAGUUGCACUCUUGCGGGUGACGCUUCGGCUAUUGACUCUGCCAAAGAGAGGCUUGACGCUGCUGGCACAUUUGCGAGGGUCUUGCAGGUCGAUACGGCCUAUCACUCGCAUCACAUGCAGCCAGUCGCCCAGCCAUAUCUCGACUCGCUUCAAAAGGCAUCAAGAUUAACACAAAGCCCGGAAACAAUGUUGUCUGGUAUUCGAGCUCGCUCGUUUAGUGGCAAGGACGCUGAGUCACUGAAGGGCCAAUACUGGGUUGACAACAUGACCAAUACAGUUCUUUUUAGUCAAGCUGUCCAGAGAGCUGUUAACGAAAGUUAUGUGUUUGACUUUGCGCUGGAGGUUGGACCUCACCCUGCUCUAAAAGGCCCUGCUACUGAGACCAUCAAUAAUAUGACGGGCAUUGGCCUUCUGUACUCGGGUGUGCUUAAGCGCGGUCAGCACGACGGGGAAUCUUUCUUUGGUGCUUUGGGGCUCUUGUGGAAAACAUUUUCACUCCAGAGUAGACGGUCCAUCGUUAGUUUCAACGGCAUUGAGCGAGCCUUUUCUCUGGGUGGAAAGAACAACAGGCUAGGUCUUCUCAAGGACCUACCAUCUUAUCCAUUCGACCAUGAUACUGUAUACUGGAAAAAAUCUCGUCACUCCGCGAUUGUACGUACACAGAACCAGAAGGGUCAUCAGCUCCUAGGCUCUGCCUCUACCUUUGGUAGCGGGAAGCAGCGUGAGGUUCACUGGAAACAGGUCCUUCGUCUUGAAGAGAUUCCCUGGUUAUUUGGACACACUAUUCAAGAUGAGUACUUGUUUCCAGCAACGUGCUAUGUCACAAUGGCCUAUGAGGCAGCCAUUAGGCUUGUCUCCCCAGCGCAGGAGAUUCAACUUGUUGAGCUACAUGACAUCGACGUCUUUCGUGCUCUGAGCCUCAAAGCUGACUCUCCUGGAACUGAGAUUCUCUUUGCGGUACGCAUUACAAGCCAAUCAGACGGUGCGAUUACGGCAAGCUGGUCUUGUUACAGCAACCCGGUUGAUUUCGAACAUGGCCAGAAUCUUGGAGAUAUACCAUUUCAAGCCGAAUCCCAUGUUGAAGGCUUCUUGCAUAUUGAGCUUGGUGCUCCCAGAGAUAAUAUCCUGCCCGCCAGAUCUGAGCCAAUUCUGCCCUUGAUUCCACUUGACGUCGAAGAGCUCUAUGACACUCUGGCUGUCUUGGGCCAUGGUUACAAGGAGCAUUUCCAGACACCUAAAAUGCUUCGCCGUUUGCAUCACGCUGUUGUUAGUAUGCCUGCGGGAUGGAACGUGGCGAACUCAUUGACCCGUUCCGAUGUCAACCCUGCGGCCUUGGAUACGGGUAUCCGUGGGCUGCUGGCUGGUUAUUCCUGCCCAGGAGACAGACGGCAACGUUCAGCCUACCUCCCAAGUCGCAUUGACAGCAUUCGGGUUAGCAUGGCCGUUCCUACCGAAGACGGCGAUGGCUCUACAGAACUGUUGGCAGAUUCCUUUGUCACUCACGGCGAUGCCAGCCGUAUCAGCGGUGAUAUCAAUGUCUUCAAUCCUGAAAGUAACAAGACACAUGUUCAGAUCCGCGGAGUGCACUUAUUGAAUCUACCCGGCUCUCUCAGAUCAAGCCGAGAAACCUAUCAUCAAGAUAUCUGGGAACGCGACGCUUUGUGUGGCAUUGAACCUGAUCGGAAGUCAGUCGUCUCAGACAAUAGGACGCAAAUCAGCAGUUUGGCCAUGCGCCUGGUUCUAUUCUACUGUCAGAAGGUUCUCAAAGAGCUUAAGCCGUUUGAGAUCAUGCUCAUGGGAAAAGCCCGCAAGAACUUUUUGACAUGGGUACAGAAAGUUCUCCUCCCCAGCGUGAGCGCUGGGGAGCACGAGGCCAACAAGGAGUGGCUUGAUGGCAGUGAAGCAGAGUUGAACAAAGAGGCUGAGAGACUCAAGGUCGUGAACUUAGCCGACGUCGUACUCUUGGAGCGUCUUGGACGUAACCUAACAUCCAUCACCCGUGGUCUCACUGCAGGUGUCAAAGUAGCUGAGCAAGAAAACGCGCUUCACAGGUUUUACGCCGACAUCUUUGGCUUCCGAGAAACCACUGCUGAUGCAGCUGCCCUUGUUUCACAAAUAUGCCAUCGUUAUCCAGCUAUGAAGAUGAUCGAAGUUGGUGCUGGGUUCGGCUCUGGCUUACGAGACGCGUUGAUUAAUGCUGCAGGCAAGCGCCGCCACACAUCUUACACAGUUACCAAUACUGUUGAGCCUUCUGAUAAUGACUCGAAGCUCAUCUUCAAGCUUCUUGACAUUGACAAGGCCCAGUUCAGCAAGGCUCUGACCAACGAAUAUCUUCCUGUUCGCUUCGUUCAGUCCCUGCUCCCAAGAACCUGGCUGGAGAAGGACGAUUCACAGCCACAGAUCAUUAAGGUCUCCGAAUGCGAUGCUUUGCUGAAAGUGAACGGAUUCUCGGGCGUUGAUGUCACCUACACGCAGCAUUUUUGCAGUGUUAUGCUCUCGCAAGCUGUUGACGAUGUUGUUCUUGCUGUGCGUGAUCCAAUUACUGCGACGCAGAAGAUUGAUCCAGAAAUCUUGCUGGUCUCGGGCCUUGAAAACAUCAACGUUGCCCCAGAGGCCAUUAUUCUGAAUCUCUGUGAUCUCGAUACCCCAGUCUUCCAGGAGAUGAGCGAGCUACGCUUUAAGGGUCUGCAAGAGAUAAUGCGCCAAGCGAGCGUCCUCCUCAGGGUUACAGAGGGUGCCAGAGGUGGAGCUAAGCCUGUGAAUACUAUGGUGCUUGGAUGGGGACGAUCUGCACGCCUAGAGUCGUCUACUAUGAAGCUUCAAAUCUUGGACAUUGAGCAGGAGUCACACACUGUAGAUCCUGACAUCAUUUGCAAGCUAUUACUCAAUCUUUGUGGUAGUAGCCCAGAUGAUAAGGACAUACUCUUUACAAUGGAGCCAGAGUUGAUAUUGAAAGACAGCGCCAUUUAUAUUCCAAGAAUCUGGCCAGUUGACGGCCUCAACGAGCUCGCCGAUACGAGAUACAAAGACGUGUACGUGGAAACUUCUACAACGAAUCCUUUUGCAGCGCUCGAUGAGCGUGGGAUCCUUGCAAUUGCACGGCCUUAUGGACAUACUCCAGCCAGGAAUCUGGAAAUGCUAGCCUCUUCUGUGCAUGGCUUCCGUUUCCAAGGUGAAGAGAAUAUAAAGCAGCUCUGUAUCUCCAGGAUUGUUGCAGGCGAAGCAUCACUUACCCUCUCAGACGAGGACUCGUUUGAGAUUCUUUGGCAGUACGAGAAAGGCAAUGGAGGUGUCCUGUACCCUCAUCAGCUACAAUCCCUGAUAACAUCGGCAAUUGCCGAGGCUACUCUUCUUGGCCUUUCGGGUCACGUUUGGAUUCAUGUCGCACCUGCGUGGCUGCAAAAAGGACUAGAUCUUGCGGCCUCACGACGUGAUGAUAUCCAGUUGUUCAACACAACAUCUGAUCGAGAGAUAGUCACAGGGAACUCCAACUUCCUCCAUCCUUUCGCUACCGAGCGUGACCUUGUUCUGAUAAAGCCGAAAGACAUUGCGGCAUUCGUUUGCUUGGAAGAUUCGCAGCAGGAUCACAACUUGGUCGGCUUAGUUCACAGCAUCUGGCCUAGUAUUCGCAUUGAGCUGCCAGUUUUGUCAUUGAACAGUUUCGACGGAGUCGUCUUCAACCGGCUCAGCAAGGCCAUGUUCGUUGACCUUCUGAAGUGGAAUCUCAGCAGUGGCACUCUUGUUUCUAAGAAUUUAGUAGAAGGAGCCGUUAUCCCCGUUGAACAUAUCUCCAAGAAGUCCCCAUCAUCCAUCUUGCCAACAAGCGUCCUCGACAGAACGACGACGACAACCAUCACGGCCAAGCUCCUUCCGCCAAAUCACGAUGGUAUUUUCUCCAGUGACAAGACCUAUCUUCUCCUUGGCCUCGCCGGUGAUUUCGGUAUAUCAAUUACAUUGUGGAUGUUUGAUAGCGGGGCUCGCCAUGUUGUGCUGGCGUCUCGAAACCCUGUUGUUCUUCAACCGGUGGUGGAUCAUGUUGUCGCAACUCAUGGUGCUACUUUACGCUUCAUGGCUAUUGAUAUCUGCGACGAAGGCUCACUAUCAGCUGCGUGGACCGAGAUUCAUGUAUCGAUGCCCCCUGUUGGCGGUAUAAUGAACGGCGCGAUGCUAAUGCGAGAUCAACUAUUUGCAGACCAGCCGUGGUCGGACUUUUCAGCUGUCAUGGGCCCCAAGGUCAGAGGAACGCAGAACCUUGUUGCGCUCCUUGACAGAGAAGUCGCACCAGAGCAGCUAGACUUCGUUGUCUUCCUCUCUUCUGCAGUUGCGGUUGCUGGAAACGCGGGCCAGACUGCAUAUGGCUCAUCGAAUUGGUUUAUGCAAGGCACAGCUAGCAACAUGCGACAACGUGGUUACCCCGGCUGUGUUGUCCACAUCGGAGGUGUCAGUGGACUGGGCUAUGUUCAGCGACAUGAGAAGCGCAAGAUGCUUGAAGACUCAUUGUAUUGGCUUAUGUCUCCUGUCAGUGAAACCGAUCUACACGAUAUGUUGGCUGAGGUUAUUGCGGGCGACCGGCAUGAUCUCAUUACAGGUAUUCGUGGUGAUAUCCGGACCUACACAUGGCGAGAACAACCGCGAUUAUGGCAUUACCUCCAGUCCGAGGACGACAGCAAUGAUGAAACUACCAAAGAAGGCAGCAGUGCAUCUCUCAAAAUCCAGCUUGCUUCAUCUGUUGCUGAUCCAGAUGCUUGCCUCGACCUCCUCCUUGGUGGCUUUACAUCGGCAUUAUGUGGAAUGUUGCAUAUGAAGGUAGAGGAGCUUGACACCAAUGUCCCUGUUGCUAGUAUUGGUAUUGAUUCACUUGUGGCUGUCAGGGUCAGAGAAUGGUUUAUGCAGCAAGUUGGUGUAGAGGUGUCUGUUUUAAAGGUCAUGUCUUUAAAUACUCCUUUACUUGCUUUGUGUAAGGAUGUUUUGGCUAUAUGGAGGAAACAGGUAAAAGCUUAA